AAGAUGGCGGUGCAGGUGGUGCAGGCGGUGCAGGCGGUCCACCUUGAUUCGGAUGCUUUCCUAGUUUGUCUCAACCACGCUCUGAGCACUGAAAAGGAGGAGGUGAUGGGGCUGUGUAUAGGGGAGUUGAAUGAUGACACAAGGAAUGACUCCAAAUUUACAUAUACCGGAUCCGAAAUGCGCACAGUUGCUGAAAAGGUUGACACUGUCAGAAUUGUUCACAUUCAUUCUGUCAUCAUCUUGCGACGCUCUGAUAAGAGGAAGGAUCGAGUGGAAAUUUCUCCAGAGCAGCUGUCUGCGGCCUCAACAGAGGCGGAGAGGUUGGCUGAGCUAACAGGCCGCCCCAUGAGAGUUGUGGGCUGGUAUCACUCUCAUCCUCAUAUAACUGUUUGGCCCUCACAUGUUGAUGUUCGCACACAAGCCAUGUACCAGAUGAUGGAUCAAGGCUUUGUUGGGCUUAUUUUUUCCUGUUUCAUAGAAGAUAAAAACACAAAGACUGGCCGGGUACUCUACACUUGCUUUCAAUCCAUACAGGCCCAAAAGAGCUCAGAGUAUGAGAGAAUUGAAAUCCCAGUCCACAUUGUCCCUCACAUAACCAUUGGGAAAGUGUGCCUUGAGUCAGCAGUAGAGCUGCCCAAGAUCCUGUGCCAAGAGGAGCAGGAUGCAUACAGGAGGAUCCAUAGCCUUACACAUCUGGACUCAGUAACGAAGAUCCAUAAUGGCUCAGUGUUUACCAAGAAUCUGUGCAGUCAGAUGUCUGCAGUCAGUGGGCCUCUCCUACAGUGGUUGGAGGACAGACUGGAGCAAAACCAACAGCAUUUGCAGGAGUUGCAACAAGAAAAGGAAGAGCUAAUGCAAGAACUUUCUUCUCUAGAAUAAAGCAGGAUACAAAAUGAGGAAAGAUGAAAAUAUCCAGGUGUAAAAAUAAUUAAGCUAAAUCAAUUUUAAAGAAGAAGAAGUUGGAGAACUCACAUUAUCUGACUUCAAGACUUACCAUAAAGCUACAGUAAUCAAGACAGUAUAUGACCAACUGAUUUUGACAGAGGUGCAAAAGCAAGUCAUUUUCAACUAAUGAUGCUGCAAUUGGACACCCAUGGGCAAAAAGUGAGCUUUGACCUAAACUGCACAUCUUACUAAAAACUAACUCAAAAAGGAUCAUGGACUUAGAUGUAAGAUUUAAAACUAUAAAACUUUUAGGGAAAAAAUUAGGAUCUUGGACUAGGCAACAAGUUCUUGGCCUUCACCCCAAAAGCACAGUCCUAAAAGGAAAAAGUUGAUAUAGUUGAUAUACUGGACUUCAUCAAAAUGAAAAACUCUUGCUCUGCAAAAAAUUUAAGAUAAGGAAAUUAUUAAGAGGAAUAAUUUGCAAACUAUAUAUGUGAUCAGUCUAGACUAUAUAAAAUCAACAACAAAAACAGUCCAAUUAAAAAAUGAGCAAAAGACAUGAACAGCCAUUUCAUUAAAGAGGAUAUAUGGAUGGCAAGCACUUGAAAAGAUGUUAAACUUCUUCAAUCAUCAGGGAAUGCAAGUUAAAACUACAGUGAAUUAUGACAACAUACUUAUCAGAAUGGCUGAAGAAAAAAAUAGUGAAAACACCAGAUGCUGUUGAGCAUACAAACUGGACGUCAUACAUUCUGACGAAUAUAAAAUGGUAUAGCCACUCUGGAAAAGAGUAUGGAAAUUUCUAAUAAAUCUAGGCAUACAUAUAUGAUAUGACCCAGCAGUUGCACCCCUGAACAUUUAUCCCAGAGAAAUGAAAACCUUUGUUGGCACAAAAACUUGUAUACAAAUGCUCUUAGCAGGUUGUUUGUAAUAGCCAGAAAGUGGAAAUGACCCAUAUGUCCUGCAAUUGAGUGAGUGGUUAAACCAACCAUCCCUACCAUGGAAUACUACUCUGCAGUGAAAAAGGAACAGACUUGAUACACAGAACUUGGAUGGACCUCAAGGGUAUUAUGAUGAAUUAAAAAAGCCAGUCUCAAAAGGUCAUACUGUAUGAUUACAUUAAUAUAACAUUCUUCAAAUGACAAAUCAUAGAAAUGAAGAACAGAUUAAAGAUUGCCAGGGAUAAGGAGUGGAGGGGAUAUGGGAAUAUAUGUGUCUAUAAAGGGAUAACAUAAGGAGUUCCUUUGUGCUAAUGGAAUGGUUCUGUAUCUUGAUUGUGGUGUUGAUUACAUGAAUCUAUAUCUGUGCUAAAACUAUAUAGACCUACAUCCACAAAUGAAUGCAUGUAAAAUCUGGUGAAACUGAAUACAAGGUCUGUAGUCUAGUUAACAGUAUUGUACCAUUGUCAAUAUGUUGGUUUUGAAGUUGUGCCACAGUUUCUAAGAGUUUACCACUAGAAGAAACUGGGUGAAGGACACGUGGGACUCACUGUACUAUUUUUGCAACUUACUGUAAAUCCAUAAUUAUUUCAAAAUAAAAAGUUACAUGUGUUAAAUAAGGAA